UCCCGCGCGCGUCACCGGCGGAGCGGACGGGGACAACAUGGCGGAGCGGCGGAGGCACAGGAAGCGCGUCCAGGAAGUUGGUGAGCCAUUCAAGGAGGAGAAGGCUGUUGCUAAAUACUUGCGCUUCAACUGUCCAACAAAAUCCACCAACAUGAUGGGCCACCGAGUUGAUUAUUUUAUUGCUUCCAAAGCUGUGGAUUGCCUCCUGGAUUCUAAAUGGGCAAAGGCAAAGAAAGGAGAGGAGGCUCUCUUUACAACCCGAGAGUCUGUGGUUGAUUACUGCAACAGACUCCUGAAAAAACAGUUCUUUCAUCGAGCCUUGAAAGUGAUGAAAAUGAAACCUGACAAGGAUACCAAGAAGGAAAAGGAAAAAGGAAAGGCUGAGAGUGGGAAAGAAGAGGAGAAAAAGAGCAAGAAGGAAAGUGGCAAAGAUGAAAAAACAAAGAAGGAGAAAGAAAAGGAAAAGAAAAAGGAUGGUGAUAAAGAUGAGUGUAAGAAGGAUGACACCCCAGGAACACCUAAGAAAAAGGAAACUAAGAGAAAAUUUAAACUUGAGCCACAUGAAGACCAAGUUUUCUUGGAUGGAAAUGAGGUCUACGUGUGGAUCUAUGACCCUGUUCACUUUAAAACUUUUGCCAUGGGACUCGUACUUGUGAUUGCCGUCAUAGCCGCCACCCUGUUCCCGCUGUGGCCCGCCGAGAUGCGUGUCGGUGUUUAUUACCUCAGCGUGGGCGCCGGCUGCUUUGUCGCCAGCAUUCUGCUCCUGGCCGUCGCUCGCUGCAUCCUUUUCCUCAUCAUCUGGCUCAUCACUGGAGGAAGGCAUCACUUCUGGUUCCUGCCAAACCUUACAGCAGACGUGGGAUUCAUUGACUCCUUCAGGCCCCUGUACACACACGAAUACAAAGGACCAAAAGCAGACUUAAAGAAAGAGGAAAAAGCAGAAUCCAAAAAGCAGCAAAAAUACGACAGCGAGGAGAAAUCAGACAGUGAGAAGAAGGAGGAGGAGGAUGGAAAGACAGAAGGCACAAGGAACUCGGGAACAGACGGCUCGGGAGGAGAGCGACAUUCAGACACUGACAGUGACAGGCGCGAAGAUGACAGGUCCCAGCACAGUAGUGGCAAUGGAAACGACUUUGAAAUGAUCACAAAAGAGGAACUGGAACAGCAAACAGAUGAAGGGGAUUGUGAGGAGGAAGAGGAGGAAGAUACCGAAAGGGGGCCUUCACAUGGAAAAUCAUAACUCACUGUGGUUUGGGACUAAGUAUGUGCAAAUGGUUGGAUUUUCUUUGUUGGCUGAUCACCAAAACAUAGACCAUACAGUAGCAUCUUUGUUUGCUGAAAUAUCCGUGUUACCAAACAGUUUUAUAUCUAGUUCCUUCAUUUUUUUUAACCAUUAACUUGAUUACUCGGUACUAUGUUAAUCAUUAAUAUCCAUUUACGGAAGUUUUAUCAAUUUGACAGGUUUUUUAUUGAUUGAUAGGUUGCCCAGAUUGUCCUCAAACAUACUGAAAAACAUCAUUUUCUGGUACUUGCAUAACUGGUCAAUUAGUUUAGCUUCUCAAACUUGCUUUUGUAAACCAGGUAAAAGUUGAAUGACCAAAUCUCAGAUUAUUCCUAGUUAUCCUCAUCUGAUAGUUAGGUAAAGCCCUUCUUAGCCCACAGCCGUCUUGAUAUUUUUCUUGAUUUUGUUUUGAAAAGAUUGUGAGAACUUUCCUGAGAAAACUAGUUUUAGCAGAAGUAUUUUGCUGACAGUAGAGGGGCUGGUAGUGCUGAAUUUGGCUGCAGUGUUCUCUGUUUCUCCAGCCUGUGUGCCAGCAACUGAGGAAAUCCAAACUGGUUUUGUGCAUCCAGUGCAGAGAGAGAUGUCAUCUCCAGCAGGUGAAGGAAGCAGCAUGGUUUGGAAAUGAUGGCUGUUUUCUUUCUCCUGCUCCAUCAUAAUUUAAAAACAAAUGUAUUCUGUACAUAAUUUACAAAUAAAGCAAACCAUUUACUUUAACUGCUACUUAUUAUUUAGAGAUUUGAUCCAGCAUUCAGUUUGUAUUAUUGAAGCCAUGUUGUGGUGUAUCUAUCAGAGAAAUGCAAGUCGAGAGGACCUCACAGAGUACUUGUGUAUGAUUGGUAGCUGUUCCACAGAAGCUUUAGUUUUGUGCCAACAUUCCAUGUAUUUGAGUAAAUUGAUCUUUAUUAAAUGAAAGCAAACACCA